CUCUACGUUCGUUGGUCGCAGGAUUUGUUCCACUUAGUCUCGGCUUGGAAAUCAAGCUGUAAAUUCGGGGCAAUUUAUUUGAUGUAAACAUGAAGGAAUCAGCUGAUCAAUCAACCCAAAGUGGCGAUGAAAUUCUCAAGAAUUUUUUCUCCGGAGGUGUGGCUGGAUGUUGUGCCAAGACUGCUAUUGCUCCACUGGACAGGGUCAAAAUCUUACUACAAGCAAGACAUAAACACUUCCAGCACUUGGGUGUGUGGUCCUCAAUAAAUGAGGUAGUGGAACACGAGGGAUACCGAGCUCUCUAUAAAGGCAAUGGAGCGAUGAUGGUCAGGAUAUUCCCAUACGGGGCAAUCCAGUUUAUGACGUAUGAAUGGUGUAAGAAGAAAACUAAAAUGAAGCUGUUAUCUGGAUCAUUGGCAGGGUUAGCAGCUGUUAUCUGUACCUAUCCCUUGGACAUGAUAAGGGCUCGGCUGGCCUAUCAAAGUAGAGGAGAGAGGAAGUAUAAAGGGAUUAUCCAUACCUUCUACACAAUAUGGCAUCAUGAGGGUCACUUCAAGGCUCUGUACAGGGGAGUAACUCCAACACUCAUAGGAAUGAUUCCGUAUGCAGGUGCUGCUUUCUACACAUAUGAGACGACCAAGAUCUUCCUCUUGACAAAAGGUCCUCCACAAUUCUCAAAACCAAUUCCGAACAAUCCCACAGAGAGGAUACUGAUCAUCCCAGCAAACCUUUGUGUCGGGGGAAUAGCAGGUGCAAUAGCUCAGACCAUCACCUACCCUCUGGACAUGGUGAGAAGGAUAAUGCAGUUGGGUCACAUGGUGCCAAACUCAUCAGAUCGCAUCCUACAGAACCUGAAGACUGUUUACGGGGAGCACGGAUUCCUAGGACUCUACCGAGGUCUUAGCAUCAACUACAUCAGGGCAAUACCAGCUGCAGCAAUAUCCUUCACCGUCUUUGAGAAGAUGAAGGCCUUCCUCAACACCACAUUCCCUCCUGCUUCUAGCGCCAAGUCAUGACGAUUGCCCCUACGUGGACCGUCGUCCUUGUCGCGGCAACGGCUACUUUGCCUUUGAAGAAGCGGAGGAGGCACGGCUCCCUGCGUGAGGUCAUGAUUUUGAUCAUACAAAUGUGGUCCCUGCAUGAUAUUUCUUUGUCAUUGAUAAGAUGAAGGUGGACCGGCUUGUAACACAUAGGUACUGACAGUUGUAAUUCAGUGACUUUGAAAACACAAACAUUAAGUGGGGAAGCUGUUACUGUGGACAGGUUUAGGAAUUAUGUACAGUAAGUUUAAUCUUUAUGCAGUAUUCAGGGAUAUAAUGAUCUGUAUUUCCUCUAUUUAAAAGUCUUUCUGUCUAAUUUUCAUCUCUCUCUGUCUAUCAAUAACUCCCAUGAUAUUUAUGGGGUUUGUAAGUUUCUCCUGUGUUCCUCUUACACCUAUAUAUCGAAACUUGUCAAGGUUGGGAUUGAGUGAAAAUAUGAAAAUUACACUUUUAUGUAUUCAGCUUGCGUUAUGAUACAUAUUGCUAAGAUUUUAGCUUGCGUUAUGAUACAUAUUGCUCAAAUAUGCAGGCAUGCCUAGGGAUACAGAAUAAAAGCUUAAAGUGUAAUAAUGGCAACUUAAGGCGCAAAUGCCUGCAAUGGUUGCUCGCUAAUUUUUACAAGUUUCAAAAUUUUCCAACCCUCCUUGUGAAGAACAAAGUAUAUUUGCCUCUUUUAUUCAUUCAAGCAAGAUUUACUAUGCUUAGCCUGAGUUUCAAAGGGUUGUUUGCAUAAUUGCACCGUUGCUCACUCAUCGCUUGCAAUCACAGAAGCUGUAGCAAUUGCCAUUUGCUACUUUCUGAUUCCUGUUCACCCGUCAUUUGCUUUGUAUUGGAACUGAUUAUGAGAUAAAUAUGCAAUAGCCUGACUGAUUCCCUGAUAAUAAUGCCAUCAUUACUAGGAUCAUGGAUGUACAAAAAGCGCAUUGAUUCCCAGAGGUGUAAGCUAGGCAUAAGAAUGCUACUCUGUGAUAUGCCAUUUUAUUUAUGUACCUUGGGGCCUUUUCAUAAACUUGUUUAGUUUUUUCAGUGAUGUGUGAAUUAUUGAAUGACUAGUCCCUGUUCUUCUGCUGCAUCGGAUACCUUUAAUUUACUAUUUUUAAAUGUUCUCUGUAAAUGCACAUUUUUUUUUAAUUCUCUGAAAAUGAUAAAAGUAACAUGGAUUUUUAAUUGGUGCUAUUUUCAUAUAAUGUCCAGUCACAUAGAAAAGAAAAUUUGUAAAAGCAUUAUUUAUUUUGAAUAAAACAAAUUUUUAUCUUUUCAAAAUCAAUUUGGUUUUACCGUGUGUAAAGACGAAAAUUUGUUUUAUUUCAGUUCAACCAAUCAGAUGAAUAUCUUUAUGGACAUUUUUUAUUUUGUUUUUACCCUGACAUCCUCGUAGUUAGAACUGUAAUAGCCAAACUAUUGCCUUUUUAUUAUGAUAAAAUAAAUCAAAACAUGAAAGGGCAAUUGGAGAUACCAUUUUAAAAAUACAUAUUCAUUUCAACUUUUAUAUUUUAAUAUUGAAUGUCAAAUUUUGGUUCUUAUGGAAUCUUUGCAAUUGUAUCAUACAAUUUUCUUUUGAUUCAUGGUAGAGUAUUUGAAGAUCACCACCAGUUUGAUAUAGUAAUGAUCUCAAAAUGAGUUCAAACAGAUUCCAACAAAUGUUCAACCAAGUGUUUGUACGUAAUUAUGUAUAAAUAACAAAUAUGUGCCAAUUGGUUUUG